AUGUUGGCAAUGCACGGCGUGAAACAUGAUAAAAGUCGGUUGGACAGGCUUGGAGCUGAUAUUAUGCGUGAACGAGAGCAUGACAUGUGGAGGAGAGAUUUACAAAUUAGAACAGGUCAGCAAAGCAUCAAGACUUCUACGGCAGACAUGCCAACACUCUGUUCAUUUUAUUCGCAGAGCGCACCGCUGUUUAAUAAACGAAAGUUCAGCCUCUUGGGUAGUGACCUGGAAUUUGAGGAAGCGAAAAUCAAGAGGCGAAUCAACGCGUCAAUGAAGCCCGUACCACCCUUGCUGAGCCUGUACAGAUCAAAAAGCGCCUUCGACGAAAUCAGGAACACGGUGCGUUAUGACUAUAGGGAGAACAACAGAGUAUUGGAAAGUAACUCAUUUUAUUCUGACCGUAACCGUGUACAGGAAGACAAUAUUCGUCAACGUUCUUUGAAAACCAUUUCCGUGGGUAGGCCUUCGCCGCCCUCUGCGCGUGAAGAUGGAGAUAAUAUGACUUCAGAAAAAAUAACAGAAAGCAAUAUUUUCUCUACGAAAGACACGUUAACAGUAGACGUUGGAAAGAAACCAACAGCGAAAAAAAUUGUCCGAAAUGACUUCAAGUCCAUGAGUCGGCUUUUGAGUCUUGACGAUGACUCGGACGAGCCUGGACAAUCUAAGGACACAAAUCAACGUACUGGCAGCGCAUUUCGGGAAGUUUCUCGCAACGUUGAUGUACGAUCGAAUAAUCUUGCCCAUGGCAGUACCAGUGAGGAAAAUGGGAGGAAUGCAACUGGGUUAAAAUACAGUACACCGUUUGGCGAUGUCUUGUUGCAGAAACCGGAAGUUACACAUAGAGCGUUUCAUCGCGAAGCUGCCGAUAAGAAUUCGAACACUGAGCGUCUUCACUCACCGCCGUCAACACCAUCAUCGCCAUCGCACGUCGGUUUUCGCGGUGCUCUAUCGCCACCACUGUACGAUGCAUCGCCACCAACGGAGUCUCUGAGGCUUGGUAUUUAUCAAAAUUCACUACCUUCUACGACCAAAAGUGCGUUCUCCCCUCCAACUCCUGGCUCAGACUAUUUAAACGAACGAAUAAGAAUGAUAGAGUAUUUGCAAAAAAAGCCCGCCAACCAGUACUACCAAGACAACGCGAGGAGAUCUUUUACAAACUCAAAAAUGGCGACUGAUCUGUUUAUGCCAAGUGGCGUGGAACCAACGCGUUUCUCUGGAGUACCUGUACCUCCAUCACAAGCAGACAUAGGGGCGACUGCAUCCUUCCCUGGAUACCCGCCAGUGUUUGAAGGCACUGAACAAACCCCGUUCACAGCCCCGAAACUGUCACCACAAACGCAGGUCAUCCUGCCAUUGUCAUCGUCAGUGGUGAAUUUCGCUCAGAACUGGUGCGUUAAGUGCAAUGCGAGUUUUCGUAUGACCAGUGACCUGGUGUAUCAUAUGCGGACACACCAUAAGAAGGACCAGAUUGAUCCACACAAGCGGAAACGAGACGAGAAACUAAGAUGUAACAUAUGUGGGGAAACAUUUCGUGAGCGUCACCACUUAUCCAGACACAUGACGUCACAUCUCGGGUAG